GAACGUGUUGUGACGCAAUAAUUGAAAUGGUGUUCCUAUUUUUAAAGAUCGAUUUCGAAGAACCUCGACAAAGCGUUUUGCCUUUCUGCUGUGGUAUUACAUAAGCUGAAAAGAGUUUUGUGGUAUAGGCUAGAAGCUGCUAUGCAGAACGCUACCUUCGGCUAUGUGCAACGGAUCGUCAUCACACAUUUGGAUAUUUGGUUAUGGUUCUCUAUUGUGGAAAGCUGACUUUCCUUUCGUACAAAAAGUGAUAGGAUACAUUGAAGGAUUUGAACGAAAAUUCUGGCAGAGCAGUGAAGAUCAUCGAGGCGUUCCGGAUAAUCCAGGCAGAGUAGCAACAUUGGUUGAAAAAGUAGGGGGUGUUGUGUGGGGAGCAGCAUACAAGCUGCCAUGUGAUAAAUCAGACGAAGUUCUGAGGCAUUUGGACCACAGAGAAAAAGGUGGAUAUAAGACGAUGAAAACAACAUUCUUUCCAAGAGACAAAACCAUACCUUCUUUUGAAUUGCUUAUUUAUAUAGGAACACCCGAUAACCCAAAUUUUAUUGGUCCAGAAACUUUGCAUGAAAUAUCAGAUGUUAUAGUGAACGCGGUUGGUCCGAGUGGGCCAAAUGUAGAAUAUCUAUUGAAUUUAGCUGAAUUUGUGAAAACUUACAUUCCAGAAGAUAAGGAUAGUCAUUUAUUUGGACUAGAGCAACUAGUUCGUGAAAGAAUUUCUACCAGAGGAGAAUAUGUAAAAGCCUGAGUUUGUAUAUAAAUAACUUAAUGUGUUGCAAAAAUAAUGGUACAGCAUUAAACUUUCAAUUUGAUUCAAUUUACAUAACUGCAUAAUGUAGGAUCUUUCAAUAUAAUCAAGUAUAAUUUUGUUCCAACUGAUCUUAACUUGAAAUUUUUUUUAUAUAUUUAUUUCUUCUGCUACUUGUAGAUUAGUAGAAAAAGUUCUUAUAGAAAUGCUCGUGUUGCAUAUCUGUGAAUUUUAUCUCACUUCUAAGAUUUGUUUGAUAUCUAAGUUCUAAGUAUUAGAUCUUUGUUUUAUGUGUUUGAAUUUGAACUAUGCCUAAUACUUUAUUGUAUAACUUAUCAUUGAUCUUAAGUUGACUAUAAAAAUUCUAUUUAUGCAUGAAAUCCAGAAAAAUAAUUUUCAGCUUACCUUCAUUUUACUCAUAUCCUCAUUAAUGAAACUUGUAAAUUCUUUUAUGACAUUUAUUCAGUGUUCGAUAUCUCUUGUGCAAUGUUAUAUUUCCAGAUUCAGUUUCACAUGACAUGGUUUAGCAUGAUGUCCGACUGUGUAUAAAUUAUCAAUCAGCAAAGUACCUUUCCUUAUGUUCCUAUUUUUUAUUUAAUUAAUUCUCCAAUUUGACACAGUGUGUAAAAGAGAUCACAAUAAUUUUGUGAAUGGCAACACGUUUAAUGACUGGCACUUUUCGUUAGUUGUGAAUACACUUUGUAGAAUGUGUUAUACAAUAUUGUUGCACAUGGUGUGGCCAUAUGGGUCGUUUUGCGAAAGCUUUGUUUUAGUUGUUGUUGUUAGUCUUGUUCUUGUUUUAGCAAUGCUGUCUGGUUUAUCAUAAUUUGCAAUGUAUGUAAUAAAUAAUUGGUUGUUGAAAAGCA